CUGUGUUGCGUAUGUCUCUGCUUAAGUGUGAGCCAAUGUUUUUGCGAGGAAGGAAUUGGUGAGGCGUUGCGUCUGCCAAGGACUCGUAUUUUAUAUGACACGGCUGCUGGUUUUAUUACACUGUAUCAGCGCUCGUCUGAUAUCUCAUCUCAGCUGCACAGGAUUAAAACAGGUUUUAAGCCUCUGGGUGUAAACAAGAAUGUUCCUAUUCACUGAUGGCAAGCAGAGAUUUUGAAAAUGAUUUAGCGAGUCCCUUGUUUCUGCGCUAUACGAGAGGGCGACAAUGCUGGGGAUUUGCCGGAGACGCUUCCCAGCUGCACAAAUAUUAAGACUUGCUGCUGGUUGAAAAGAGACAGAGGAAGGCAUCACGAUGGCGACCAAAUCGCCGCCGCCGCUAAUGAAAAAACAUAGUCAGACCGAUCUUGUGAGCCGACUGAAGACGCGCAAGAUCCUCGGUGUGGGAGGGGAGGAUGACGACGGGGAGGUGCACAGGUCUAAGAUCAGCCAAGUUCUAGGGAAUGAAAUAAAAUUUGCCGUACGGGAUCCUAUAGGUCUAAGGGUAUGGCAGUUCCUCUCCGCUGUGAUGUUCACAGGAAUCGCAGUAAUGGCUCUCGCCUUCCCUGAUCAGCUGUAUGAGGCGGUCUUCGAUAAAGGUACCGUGAGCAGUAAAACCUCCACGCGCCUCUACGGCGGAGCCCUGUUAAGUAUCUCCUUAAUAAUCUGGAAUUCGAUGUACACGUCAGAGAAGGUCAUCAUCCGGUGGACGCUGCUGACGGAGGCGUGUUAUUUCAGUAUACAGCUCAUCGUUACCAUGGUGACCAUGAUCGAGAGCAGCUCCACGACCAUCGCCGCCUCCGUCCUCGUCUGCAGUUGCCUCAUGUUCGUCCUCGUCAGCGUCUACUUUUAUUACCAAGUCGGACGCAGACCCAAGAAACUCUGAAUCUUGGAUUUCUAGUACCAGGACCCUUUUUUUUUUUUUUUUUUCUCUCCGCAAGUAGACUCCCAUCAUCUUAUGGGAUGGAGGGGGUUGUGAUUAUUUUAACCAAGAACUGUAGCCAACUUGGUCUUCAGAGACACUAUCUCCCCCCGACACAGCGUCCACUGUGCAGCCAGGACUGGAUGAAGCGCACGGCAUCCACAGCACCCGCCCCUCCCACCUUUAUGUUUUACCGUAUCCGCCAUUCUGCUGUGUGCACACCCCUCUUUGUAUAUUAACCCUUCAGUAGCCACAUGGUCAGUUUAAGCAUGUUUCCACCCGCCUGGGGGGGGUCAUGACUUUGUCCCAAAGAAUGUGGGCUAUUUCUCAUUUUUCUGCCCCCUGUAAACAUAAGAGCUUUCUGUUUCUGGGAAAGCUGGGUGGUGACAACCAAUAUGGCCUCCAUUACAGGGGUUGUCGCACAGUUUCUGCAUGCUCCUGAAUGGCUAAAUGCAAUAACCUAUCCUUUGCACCGUACAGUACAUAAUCAGACAGACUCUCCCUUCUGGAGCCUGGGAAAGCUGGGUGGCUGCCCAUUCGGAAUCUGUAAUGACAUCCAUAUUGCUUUUUCCGGAACAGUUUACAAUUUGACAGAAGAGCACUUCAUGGCCUCGGCCGCCAUCCGCAGUGCAUCCGAAUCUGAGAGCCUACUAACAGUUUGGCUGCCAAAGCAGUGCCUUCUAUCUCCCUCUGGCAGCCAAGGGGUUAAAGGUUGCAUUCCUAAGUCGGAGCACUGUUAAGUUUGUGCACCCUGCAAAAA